UACACAGCACAACCCCACUCAUCCUAAGCCAUCUCUUCCAUCAAUCCACCACAGUCACUGCUUUUCCUUAUUUCCAUAACAAUAACAAACUAACUAGGGACCAACGAAGAGAGCACAGCGGCCCCAUCACCGUCACCUUCCCCCGCUGGCUCCCUGCAAUUCACCCCUUUGCUUUGAUUGAUGUCACACGAGUAAACACCGUGAGUGCACCCAAAUAGCCCGCCCUUAUUACAACACCCGAUCGCCCCUUAUCAUCAUGUUAACAGAGAAAGAGGCCCUGAAUACUUGUGUCAACUUGGACUGCCUGGGUUUGGGAGCCACGCUUAUAAAUUGACAGUUUAGAAUCGAGGGGUUGUGAAUUGGUGUCGUCGUCUCGUGCAUGAGGUCGCAUCGAGACCAGUGAAUUCAGUCUGAGCCCGUUACUAACGCACAAGACUGUUUCUUGAAGAACUUUUGCGGCAAUCUUAUUUAAGUGGUAAUACAGCAUGUGCUUGUGGGGACGGCUAUUAAGAACAUUGCAAGACUAAACACCUAUAGUUCCCUCUUUGACGUAACAAUGGAUGUGGAGGAGUGUUUCCACCCAUCAUCCCCACCGCACAGUCCGGCCGGGACGUGGACAAGCUCCGUGUCCGAUGCGCCAAUCUCACCCAGCGUCUUAGGCUUCGAGCACUCCCCGGAAGAUGAGGCCAUCGGCCCCAGUAAGAAUGAAGUACGUGACCCAUUGAAACCCAAAGGAAAACCGACUUACCAUCGUCACCCCAAGCCACCUUACUCCUAUAUAGCAUUGAUCGCCAUGGCAAUCAAGGACUCGGUUACAGGGAGACUAACUCUUGCAGAGAUUAAUGAGUAUCUGAUGAAGAGGUUUGCCUUCUUCAGGGGUUCCUACACGGGAUGGAGAAACUCCGUCAGACACAAUCUCUCACUGAACGAGUGCUUCGUGAAGAUCUUACGGGAUCCAGCACGGCCCUGGGGGAAGGACAAUUAUUGGACCAUCAACGAAGACAGUGAGUACACCUUUGCCGACGGGGUUUUCCGUAGGCGCCGUAAACGCAUCCCGCGGGGGAAAGAGAGGGAGGGGAAGUCGUCGAGGCAGAGGAGCCGGGCCACACAGCCCGAGAUCGGCACCGGUAAGCCACGGUCCAAAUUUACCGGUCCCUUCAGUAUUGACAGUAUCCUUGGUUUCUCAGAAUGCGGCGAGACCGAGCAGAGAGUCUCGAGCGAGCAUCACAAUCUUGCACCCGCAAAGACACGCCCUCCAUCAACCCAGACAGCCAGCCGCACCAAGCCCAGCCCGAGCAAAACACCGUCACACCCAAAGGGCGUCAGCGGCUUCACAACCUACCCAACAAACCAGAGGUGCUACCCGGUAGCCUGGUUGCCCCAUCAGACGACAAAGUACUGUCCAUUCCCCCAUUUUGCCGCCGAAAUGUCCUACCCUCCACCGAUGAAGAUGGCCGAGAUAUUUCACCAGCAUCACCAGGCACGUAGCAAGAAACGCUGCCGAGGCCAUCGACCUCUGUCCCCGUCUAGCGGCAACUCCGCAUCGCUCCAUACCGUUGCUAAAGCAGACCUUGCAUGGCCGCUGAGCCAUCAGUUCCCGUAUCAGACAAUCCACUUCUCCGUUGGAAAGUGCCGAGAAGGUCAACAGAGGGCACUAGACUUUCAAAUCGACAACAUUUUAUCUUGAACUAUUAUCAUUGUGGUAUGGUGUGUAAUUAUGUAGAAAGUUUAGUGCUACAGUGUUUUUUUUAAUAGCAAAACAUAGGCCUAGAUGUGCAAUACAUUUCUCCCUGUAGAUAUUGUGUGUUGUAAAUGGAUCACCUUUAUUACAUAACAAUCUCUCUACGUUAAAGUUCCUCUUGUUUCGUUUACAAUAGACUUGUUUGUCUGAUUAUACAGCGAAAACGAGGGGAGAGGCCAUUAGAGACUGGCCCCUCUUUGAGCCUGUAUAUAGUUAUAGUAAGUGCACACAGGGAACGCGACGGCAUUAGUGUAUACCAGCCGACAAUGACCUUA